AUGAGUGAUGAUAUAUUAAGCAAGAGUAAUUUAGGGGAAUUUGGAGAAGUAAGUUUUGAAAUAGGUUUUUAAAAUAGGAUAUAGAUUAAUAGUUAUAUGAGAGAUGUGAGCAAUUUUGUUAGAAAUUGAGACGCACAAAUUAAUAACUCUACAAGUUUUAUUUUGAUAAAAUUAUAGGCAAUUUUCAAAUAUAGUUAGUUAAAAUUCUCGUAUAGCUAAGGAACAGUUGGGAUAAAUGUUAAGUGAAGAACCAGAACUAUUAAAAGAAGUGAAUACUUUAUUAGAAGAUGAUGUUAAAUUUAAGACAUAGAAAGAGAAAUUGACUGAAUUUGUGAAUAAUGAAAGUAAUUAGAGUAAGGCAAUGGAGACUAUAUUAAAAUAAAUAUAGAAUGGUUAAUUAGAUGGUCAUCAGAAUAAAGAUCAUAUAUUAGAUUUAUUUAGUAAUGAUCCUCAAUUAUAAUAAUAAUUCUUAUAAAGUUUUAAAAAGAAGCACGAAUAGAAUCCUCCAAAAAAGAAGAUAGAAGAGAAUAGAAAUUAUUUUUAAAGAUUAUUAGAUAAGAGUGGAAUAGCUAUAAUUGAUAUGGUAAAAUUUGAUUAAUUAAAAUAGAAUGAAUUAUUAUUUUGGGAUAAAUUUAGAUUAAGAGUUAUAUAAUAAUUUCCUAAUGAUUAUUAAUAAUUUAUGAAUGAAUUUCUAAAGAUUAUUCAUUUAUAUUCUGAAUGUAUAAUCACUUAAAUGGAAGUUAUGGAAUUGAUUAAUCAAUAAAGUUGGUUGGAGAGAGAAUAUAUUGAUGAUAUAAGAUCAAUGUUAACAACAAGAGUAAUAGCAAGAAGAAUAUAAACUCCAUUAUUUAAACCAUUAAAAGAUACUGAUUUUGCUUAAGUAGAUAGAGUUACAAGAUCAUAUGUUAGAAUGCCUAUUGGAUAUGCAAAAGCAAAUAAUAAUCCUGAGAUUCUUAAUCAUUCAUGGGUUUCUGUUCCAUUUGGUUCUGAAGAUUAAUCAUUCUUAAUUAUGAGGAAAAAUACUUUUGAAGAAUAAUUGUUUAAAAGUGAAGAUGAAAGAUUUGAAUUUGAUGUCAAUAUUUAAUAAAUAAAAAGAACUAUUAAUUUACUUUAAGAAAUUAUAGAUGGAAAUAAAGAUGAAUAAGUUCUUGUAAAUAAAGUUAUUGAUAUGAGAAUAUUAUAAUAAUUAUAUAGAAAUUAGACUUAAGAUUAGAAUGAAAUAAUAUAAUUAUUUUAAACUAAACCUGUAGAAAGUGCUAAGAUAUUAAUAAAAAGAGUCAAAUAAAAAUUAAAUGAAUUAGUAUCAGCACGUAAUACUAAAGCUAAAUAAGUUUGGGAAACUGUCUCUACUAUUAAUUUUCAUAGAUCUUUAGAUCAUAGAUCUUUCUAUUUUAAAAAGAAUGAUAAAUUAGUAAUUAAUGGAUAGAGAUUUGUUAGAGAAAUUGAAGAAUAUGCCAAAAAUGUAUUAAUUAAAUAUCUAGGAACCAAAGAUCAUGUAUUUAUUAAAAGAAAAGCUGAUAAUAUUUAAUUCACUUUUGAUGAUACUUUUUUAAAUUCUUUAGCUUAAAUGACAAAUAUUAAACCAUUUCUACCAAAAUAAAUGCCAUUAGCUGCUCCAACCAAAGAAAAUGUUCGUUUUUGCCCACUUAUUUCUCUUUGGAUGGGUAACGAAUAAAUACUUUAAGAAUGUGGUUAAUUUAUCAUACAUUAUUUAUAAAUAAUGGGUGGAAAUAAUUCAUUAGAUAAAAGAAAUGGUACAUUCUUAAUGAUUAAAUUAAUCAAUCACUUUUUUCAAGUUCCUAUGAAACCUAUGUAAAUAUCUGAGUUAAUAUUAAAUGAUACUAAAUUAAAGACUGAAAUAGCAGAUUUAGAAAUAUAUGAUAUACAUUAUAAUCCAGAAGAAACUACAUUUUCAAUUCCAGAGAUAGAAAAUGAACCUCCUGGACAUUUUUUAAAUUUAUAACCAAGAGUGAAGUCAACUACAUAUGUUACUCAAAAUUUGUACAUUUUAUUGAGAUUUUUACACACUAUAUAUUAAAGAUUAGAGAUGGCAUAUAUAAUUAGUAAGUAAAAUAAUCUAGGAAAGGAUAAAAGAUAUAAUGUAUUUAAAUCUGCUUUAUUCCUUUCUUUAAAAGCUAAAGAUUUUAAAUAUGAAGAUCAUUUAAGAAGUUUAUUUGGAAAACAUGUAAAUAAUAUAAAUAAUAUAUAUUAGGGUUUUAUAUUUUCAACAUUAGAAAAAGUACUUCAUGAUGCAGCUAAAUAAUUAGCAAUUUGUGCAUCAGAUCCAGUGACAACUAAUUAUUUUGAUAAACCUGUUUAAUUUAAUGGAGAUAUUGAUAAAUAUUUUUAGGUGGUUUCAGGAAUAGUUAAUGGAGAAGGAAUAAAAGUAUCUGAUUUAGAGGCAGAAGUAUAUUACUAAUUCUAGACACUUAAAGAAGAAGAGAUGUUGUUAAGAUUGCAUGAGACACUACAAAAUUGUAAACCAGAAAAGAAACCUAUAUAUAGAGUAAGAUUUAUUAAAUAUUAUUUUUUUUAGAUUGCAUGUUGGCAUAAGGCUUGUUUCAUAUCAAUGUUACCAGGUUAUGGAGGUCAUAUGUAAGAGAAAUGUACUUCUUGGAAACAACCAUUUUUAAUGAGAAAUAUGAUGAGAGGAUAGAGAAGAAUGAUGAUUAGAAAUAGUAUUGAAUGGAUGGUAGAUGAAUUAUGUCAUUUUAAACCUAUCAUCAAUAAUGGAGAAGAUUAUUUAAAGUGUGUAUGA